AUGACAGAGAGAAAUCCAAUAGCAGCAAAUUCAUCAUCACCUGACAGUGAUUUUAGCAACCAGCAAUGGUCUUUUGAUGAACUCUCUGACUACUUGAGUUUUGCAGACAUUGAUUGGCAACAAGUUGAUCCUACCACUUAUAAUCAGUCUUUUGUUUAUCAACCCAAUGAUGUAGCAGGUGGCAGCAACAACGUUGACGGGUCUUCUACUUCUAAUCAUACCGGUGAUGCAAAUGCUACUAUGAGUGGAACAGCCCUAACACAAGGUACAUGUUGGAAGAAUGAAGUUAAGCAUAGAGUUGCGUUCAAAAUAAUGACAGAGAUUGAAAUACUAGAUGAUGGUUAUAGAUGGAGAAAAUAUGGAAAGAAAAUGGUCAAGGACAGCCCUAAUCCAAGGAAUUAUUAUAGAUGUUCUGUGGAGGGAUGUCAUGUGAAAAAGAGAGUUGAGAGGGAUAAGGAUGAUUCGAGAUAUGUCAUAACAACCUAUGAAGGCAUGCACACACACCCAACUUCUUCAUAG